UGAAUCCCCAUUUGAUACAUGUAAGUUUUAUUUGAAUUUAUGGCCAAUUCGUGACACAUGUCUGACUAUAGGUUAAGAAAUUGUAUAGUAAGCACUAACAAUAAGGAGAAAUCAGCAUGUAAACCUAUAACAUGUAAAGCGUUGGCAGCAUUGAAAAUUUCAUCGCAAAUUUCCACUGGUCACUAUUUUGGUCUCGGGUGUUUGACACGAGGGAAACAGGCUGAUUCAGGCCAUGGCAGAUUCAGCCCAGGCACACACCGUACAAGUAGAGUUGCAAAACUAAAUAGAUCUGUUGAAAUGUCUGCAGCUACAAAAAGAAAACAUGUGGUGAAGGAAGUACUGGAUGACUUUGUCUUACCAGAGGGAAACCAGCAGAUUGUCAGAAUCUCAGCUGGAAGAGGGAACAAUUUGCAUGAAGUUGAAACUGAAAAUAAUGAGAAAUUUCUUGUCAGCAUGCCAACCAAGUUCCGUAAAAAUGUCUGGAUUAAAAGAGGAGAUUUUGUGAUAAUUGAACCAAUUGAUGAAGGGGACAAAGUGAAAGCAGAGAUAGUGUACAUACUGUACAAGGAUCAAGUUAAAUACAUCAAAGAAGAAGGAAAAUGGCCAGCAGGAUUCUCUGACGAUUCCGACAACAAGAACAGUAACAGUAUGAUUCCGGACGAUAUGUUGCCACCUAGUGACAGUGACUCGGAGAACGAGGAAAACCUCGGUGAUAAAGUGAUCAAUACAAACAGACCUACUGUAACGUACGAGGAAUCUGAAAGUAGUGACGAAGAUGAAAAUGAUUGACCAUACAUGGUGAUAAAUUCAGAGUAACGUCCAUCACAAAAGUGGUGAUCAAGUAUGAACUGUGCAGAUUAUCGAAGAUAAUCAUUUGAUAAUUUUUGGCCGGAGAUGAUGAUAAUAUUUCAAUUAUCCUGUUAUAACAGUUGGAUUCUUGAUUUUUUCAAGAAGAAAGAAGACUGUGCAGUUCAUAUUUGUCAUUUUUGAUAAAGGCCACAGGGCAAACCAUGAAUAAUAGUAGAAUGUAUUAAGAGUCUGCAACUUUUUUGUAAAUGAAUAAUUAUACUGUAAUAGUGCAUGAUGGGUAAGGGAAGAUAAGAAAUACUGUGUGACAUGGUAAAGUGGGUAAGGGUUGUCCCUGACCUUUACAUGAUCAGCGAUGGGGAAAAUAGAUGUGGACACUUCAGCCUGUGUACUAACAAAAGAAGGAAAUUAAGGUUAAGACCAGUCAUCAAAAAGUAAUUGUAAAACCAAGUAUUACAGCCAUUUUCAUUGACCCAUUAAAGUUGAACUUUGAUAUAAUUUUAUUACAAAGUUUGCACUCUACUCUUAUAGUUCUACAUGUGUUCUAGAAAAUUCUACAUAAAGGACACAUCAGUUAUGGUAUACUUAACCAGUUUUCUAGCAUAUUUGACAGAAAUUACAACAAAAAGCCAAGUGUGAAGUUAGGAUUUUUGAUGCAUAACUCCAAGUUGAUUAUUAUGCAAUAAAUAUAGAUCAGCAUAUGUUUAGCUCAGUUGAGCAAAAAAGUGCUCAGUUUGAGCUAUUGUGAUCGCCCUGAGUUUGUUGUUUUCAACAGUUUGACUUCUAACUCUCUAGAAGUCAGCCUUUUGGUACAAUCUUAAUGAAACUUGGUCAGAAUAUUUGCCUCAGUUGAAUAUCAGUGCAUUGGUACUGGGUACCUAUAGGUUAAAAAAAGUUAGUCAAGUAAUAGAAAAACAUUGUUAAGACUAUAGAGGCAGUAUUUACAACCAGAUCAUCAUGAAACUUUUCUUUAAAGAUUCUAGGUCACUUUUGAAGUGGCCAAAUUAGAUCACUAGGUCAGAAUCACACUCUGGAGACCACAUUUUGUACUUGAUUUUCAUGAAACUUGCUCAGAAUUUUGUCUGUAUAAAAUCAAGGUUAAGUAGGUCACUAUAUCAAAUCAUAGAAAAUCUUGGUUAACCUUUUAGAAGCCAAAUUUUCUCCCUGGUUUCCUUUAACAUGGUCAGAAUGUUUGUCUUAAUGAAAUUUAGGUCAAAUUGAAUACUGGAUCAUCAAAGGUUAGUACUAGGUCAUAUGAGCUCUGGAUUAUUGAACUAUUUUUAUGAACAUGUUAGAAUUAAAAUUAUUAAGGCUUUCUUGUGAUUUAUCAUCUGAUAUACUGCAGUGUAUUGUUCAGAUGCUUUAAUAUUUGACCAUGACGAUGCUGUCCUGAUUAAAUUUUUGCUCAUUCGA